AACAAAAAAAACGCACGCCAGCCCCGCCCCGAACCCUCGAUCGCCGCGGCAGAGCACCGGCGAGGGAGCGCGAGAGGCUUUUGCGCCAAGGAUUCAGCCAUGGCGAGCGCGGAUCUGCUGCGGAGGGAGGAGGAGUUCUACGAGUCCCUCUUCGAUUCCGCCAAAGGCGGUUCCGGCAAGGCGCGUGGGCAGAUGAUCGAGAAGAAGAUUGAAACCCUCGAGGACAUGGCCACCAGGGUCAGUAACCGGAGAUCUCGCAGAUGGCUGAAUGACCGCUUGCUGAUUGAGCUUGUCCCUCGGCUUCAUGUUGAAGAAAUCAAAGGCCUCUUUGCCCCUCCUCCAUUUGGCGAGGAAGCGCCCCUGUCAGCAUUUUGCAGGACAGGUGCUGGUGAGUGGGAUGCCUUCAGGAGCAUUGACAUGGACGUUGAGGUAAGAUUGAUGCAACGCAUGAAACAACCAUCAGACAAACAGAAGAAUCGUUUGAAUGAAGAUGAGUUAAUUGUGCUGAAUGCUUGGCGUCGUAUAGAUUGCCAAACAAGAGAUGCUAUGAAGAGAAACUUCCUACCUGAACUGCUUGAAAUAUAUGAAGAACGAGUCAGGGCCUUCAUUGAAGAUACUAUUGAUAAAGAUGUGCUUGUGCUGAGUGUCCAGGAUCCGUUUCAGAGGUUGCUUCUACAUGGUGUGUGUGAGUUCUAUAAUGUGACAUCCAUUACCACGGCCACUGUAAAAGAUGGAAAGCCCUGGAAGACAACAACUAUCAAGAAGCGUUCCGGCACAGGUGUUGCCCCCAGUAUCACAUUGGUCGGGUUCCUGAGAGCAAAGAAGAAUGGGUCACAUAUGGAUGCGUGAGGACCAGAAGCCUUCCGAUUCCUUGACCAAUGCUCCAUCAAGAAGGCAAACUUGCCUCUGUGGCUUUUCUUUAGGAUAUGUACACAAAUGUAAAUUACUACCAUGUUUCAACUUAUAACUUAAAACAUGACAAGGCAUUGAAGCACUUCAGUCAAGUAUCUGUUCUGCGUGUUGCUUACAUCUUACCGUCAUCUUACUGGUGGUGUAACAUUUUUUGACAUUAUUCAUCCGAUUCCAAAAUA